AAUAUAGUUGCUUACUAGCAGAUACGACACCGCAUUACAUCAGUUCUACUACAAUACUUGAUUCUCUCCGUGUACGUAAUCUUCUUAAUAAUCUUGUAGGUAGUUGUUUUGCUUCUUUUAAUUCGUGUCCUUUCGCGUAUUUUCUUUUCAUAUAAAAUGUGGACGGUUAUCAUGCUUUUGUCUAUUUUUAAAGCUUGUGCAUUCAGUAGAAGUAGUGAAUUCAAAAGUUUUCCAACCACCGUUAAAGCCCCAGAAAACGACACUGUUCUUUUACCAUGUUAUUUACAAACUAGCAGUGAUGACUCCCCUAAAUCUCCAAUUAAAAUACGGUGGUAUAAGGAUGGUAGGUUAUUGGUGGAUAGCAGUAUCCCUCAACGUCCCGCUCCAGACAGAUUUACCCUUUGGGGAAAUGGGUCUUUACAAGUAGUGAAAAUAGAGCCGAAAGAUACGGCAGAAUACAUGUGCGAAAUUAUAAGACCAUAUCCAUGGUCAACUAUACAACAAAUUCAUGCCAUUGAAGUCUUACAUCCACCUUCUGUAACCCCUGACCCUAUAAGCGGAGUGUUAAGGGUUAAAAUAGGUGAGCAGGUGUGGAUGUCUUGCAAACCACAAGGUGUCCCGUAUCCGAUAAUGAAUUGGUAUAAAGAGGGUGUGGAAUUGAAACUUUUGGAUCAUAGAGAACUGCUGAAAUUUAUUGCCAUUGACCGAAGUUUAUCCGGAAAUUACACGUGCGUGGCCAGAAAUGGCGUUGGAAAUCCCGCCAGCGCCAAAAUUAGACUAAUUAUCAAUUAUCCUCCAGAACUGAUGACACAUCGUUCAACGAUAUUCACGGCACCAGGUAUAAAAGUCGAACUCAAAUGUGAUGUAUCUGCGGAUCCUCCCGCUACAGUUCAGUGGUUAAAAGACAACAUCCCCAUUGAUUUAAAUUACAGAAUUAUGGAAAUAGAUGAUGAAAAUCAGCACAUAUUAGUAAUUCGGAACGUUACAUCGGACGAUUUCGGAGAAUAUACUUGCAGAGCACAUAAUAAAAUGGGACAUGGGGAAAUUCACAUUCAAGUAACCGGUAUACCCCAACCACCUGUUUUCAAAAUGGCCAAUCAGCACGACGUUAAUACCAAAAAUUCGUACAAAUUAAUUUGGGAAGUCGAUAGCUACAUGCCUAUAAUUGAGUAUUUAUUAUCUUUUAAAUCUCAAAGCAAUAAUCGAUGGAAGAAGUUGUACAUUCCAGCGGAAAUGAGCACAGGAUACACGCAUUCGAAAAUGUACACAUUUGAAGGACUGAAAGAAAAUACAAUUUAUGAAGCUUUCGUCACUGCUAGAAAUCGAUUCGGAUGGUCCAAACCUUCAAACACGUUUAUGUUUGCAACAGAUGGAGCAGGUCCUGACGUAAUCCCUGACUAUGGCCCUGAAUGA